GAGCAGCAUCAAGGUUGAGGAGUCUGCAGUCCCGCGUCCCAAGCGCCCUAUUAUGGACUUCCUGGAGGCAGAGGGCGGCUGGAACCUGUCCUUCUCAGGCUCUGGCUACAUGGGCCUCUACCACGUGGGUGUCACCGAGUGUCUCCGCCAGCGAGCACCGCGCCUCAUCCAGGGGUCCCGCCGCAUCUAUGGCGCUUCCUCCGGCGCGCUCAACGCCAUAGGCAUUGUCUGUGGCAAGUCCGCAGACUUCUCCUGCUCCCAUCUCCUGGGCCUGAUGAAACAUGUGGAGCGGCUGAGCCUGGGCAUCUUCCAUCCGGCCUAUGGACCCAUUGAGCAUAUCAGGAAAAAGCUGCAAGACAGCCUUCCUGACAACUGCCAUAUUCUGGCCUCCCAGAAGCUAGGCAUCUCCCUGACCCGGUGGCCUGAUGGCAAGAACAUCAUAGUCACUGAUUUUGCCACUCGGGAUGAACUCAUCCAGGCUCUGAUCUGCUCCUUGUAUUUCCCCUUAUACUGUGGGAUAAUCCCCCCAGCGUUCAGAGGGGAGCGCUUCAUCGAUGGGGCUCUGAGCAACAACCUGCCCUUCUCCGAUUGCCCCGCCACCAUCACAGUCUCUCCUUACAACGGGACAGUGGACAUCUGUCCCCAGAGUACCUCACACAGUCUUUUUGAGCUAACCGCCUUCAAUGCCAGUUUCCAGAUAUCUACCAAUAACUUCUUUCUGGGAGUCAUAUCCCUGUUCCCCCCCAAACCUGAGGUGGUGGCUGACUACUGCAGACAAGGUUACCUGGAUGCCCUGAGGUUCCUGGAGAGACGGGGACUUACCAAGGAGCCAGUGCUAUGGUCACUGGUAUCUAAGGAGCCUCCAGCCCUCGUGGAGGGGCCCAGAGGCACUGACCAUGACCAGGGCCAGAAGGCUGGCCCAAUUGUCAGGUGGGAUGUUCCCAAUGUGCUGGUCAAGGAUGUGCCCAACUUUGAGCUGCUAUCACCGGAGCUGGAGGCUGCACUGAGAAAGGGAUGCAAGAGGGACUUCUGGGCCCAGAUCCAGUGUUCAGUGCCAGGGAAGGUGCUGACCUACCUGCUACUGCCCUUCACGCUACCCUUCGAGUAUGUCUACUUUCGGGGCAGGAGGCUGAUACAGUGGCUGCCUGAGGUGCCAGAUGACUUGUAUUGGAUGCAGGGCCUACUGAAGAGUACCACCGUCGAGGUCUACUCCAUGGCCAAGUCAUGGCUGCUCAGGUUGGGCAGCCCACCUGUCACCAGCGCAGACUCCGGUCUCCCCCGGCAGCUGGGGACAGCUGCAGCUGGGAACAGUUCCUUGAACCACAGGCUUGCUGACUGCGCACUGGGUUAGGCCAACCACGUGUGUGAUCCUCUGAACUCUGUCCUUGCCCUCGUCCUGUGUGUUUAUCCCUGCCCCUGGCUGUAGUGACUCUGGCAGGUGGCCUGUGUCAAGUUCAUCCCCCAGGAUCUCUGAAUUCAAUGCCGAGCUCAGGGAGGUUGCUGAAUUUCUGGCAAAAAGACCUGGCCUCCUGUCCACACUGGACCACGUGCUUCUUGUGUGGUUUCCUGGCAUGGAAUGAGGACCCUCUGCAGCUGUUCCUGGGACCUUGAUCCCCAGGGCCUCUCUGGAUGCUUCCAGCCUACUGUGUGCUCAGGCCAUUGCAAUCUUGUCAGUUUUGUCAGAGAAGAAAAGACAGAGCAAGCUAAGACACGUCUCAGUUCUGGAUCUCCAUGUGAGGGACACAGAAGGCAUAGGCGUCUAAGCAGAGGUGUGUUCUGCACUAGGCUGGGACUGGAGAUGGUGCUCCAGGGCUCUGACCAUGGUACUGACUGCUCUAACAGGGCUCCCCCAUCUCCUUUCUCUGACCCACACUUGUCCUAACCCUGUGACAAGUGCAGGUGGAAGGUGGCUGGCUGGGGAAUCCAUUCUAGAGGGUGGGGAGAAUCCUAAUCAUAGAUGCUUCUUUUGGGGAUGGAGCCCACUGCCACUGAAGCCUGGUUCCUAGGGAAGGUUUCUGGGUGGCACACAUACCAAAGCUCCUCUGGCCUCUCCUGGGGUCUCUGUUCUUCCUACCCCUGAGGAACUCACAUUGUGCCCCUGGCCAGACUAUAGGGGACACUCAGCCCGAGUGGAGGUGGGACUAUAGAGAAAUGGGGGUGCCAGUGAGAGAAAAGAUUAUGUAAUAAAU